AUGGAUGUUUGGUCCGGUAUGUUGAUCGACGUGGGAUGUCCCGAUUGGGAGACUGGGUGGGAACAGGCCAGAGCUCGAGCGAUGAUGCAUUCGGGCCGGCAGAGCCAUGUACAAACUCUACAUCGGUUGGCAAAAGAGGUCGGAGGGUCAGACCAGCACAACAUGGGGGAACGGCGUCCGUGGACCACGCUGGAACAAUGCAAUAGUGACCAAGCUGGAAAUGGUCUUGGAGAGUGGGAAAAUACGAAAAGCUGGGGAGAAAGAAGCCAUUUGGGAAAAGGGAUUUAG